ACGUGGCACCCACUUCAGUUGGCGAGCGAUUGUUUGAAACCUUGCUGAUCACGCAAAAUUUAAUUUUUCCACCUCCCUCCCCCUGUUCUCUACUCAUUUCUUGUCUCUUCUAUUACAGCGCCAGUGUCUCAGCUCACAAUGAAGGGAGCAAAGUGUCGCCUCUGAAUCUGUUACAGAGGCUUUUCUUAGAAGGCCAGGGGGCUGAAGGCAAAGCUGGAGUGGCAGAUUCCACACUGAACUUGAUAUCUUGCUCUCCAAAGAUUAAGAGACUGAAGCUCAGAGAGGUGAAUCACCUGCUGGAGGUCACACAGCCAGGAAGAGGUGGAGCCUGGAUCUCCUGUCCCUGGGCCCUUUGGAGCAGCUGUAGGAGGUUGCUGCUGAUGGCUCCCAGCUGCCCCUUCGCUGGGGAUGAGCUCACAGCCAAACGAGGGCCAUGCCCCGCAAGGCCGCCCCACACUGCACGACCUGAGCAGACUGUGGCCAGUGACCGGCUGAUGUGGUGCAAAAGGCCACCCCAAGCCUCAAGGUUCGAAUUAUCAGUUGGGGUCACCUUCUUUUGGCUCAAAGGACUUCACUUAGUAUUUCUGAAAGUUGUUUUUUGUGAAGAGAUUGCUCCGAUACAAGCUAAUAAUCCAUCAUAUCCAGAAGCAAAACAAAGAGCAUGGACUUCGGAGACAGACUUCCAGGAAUCGGAUCUCAGUUCCAUCAUUUACUUGUCCUGUGAUCAUGAGCAAGGCAGCUCAGUCCCGCUGCUCAAGUUGGGGAGACAAAAGGGAGCGGUGCGCACUGCGGGGAUCCGCGCCAGGAUAGAGGGUCCCUCCACCCCGCGCCUCGGCGGAGCAGAGCUUGAAACCCAGAACCUCAGACGGCGUCCACCUGGUCGCCCCAACGAGGCCGAGAAUGGGAGCCCAGAUCCUGACCUGGCCGGAUUGGUAGGGGCUUCUGGAUCCCGGGCCCCGGUGCUCUGUCCCGCGGCGCAGACGGGGAUAGACUGCAGACUGCGGAGAAAUCGGGACGUGGAAAAGCAGCCGCGGCGCCAGCCAGCCGCGGGUCCGGCCUCUGGAGAGAGGAAGCAGCCGGGCGGGGAGGGGGUUGCCUGGAGGGGUAGGCUGGUGGCUGCCUCUGGCCCUCGGCAGCCAGAAGAAGAAGCGAAGAGCAAAACUCCUUUUCUCCCUAGGGACAAGAGGGCUCCGGCGCGCUCUCCUCCCCAGGCCUGGGAAACAGGUUCUCAAGCGCCCUCCGACCUCCAAUCGAUCCCAGUCUCCCGCCUGCGACAGGGGAUGCUUGGAGAGCGAGGAGAGGGACGCGGGGAGCGGCACCUCCCCCAGGCCGAGGCUGGGCGGCCGAGUCCCGACCUGCGCCGCUCUGAGCAAAACGAAACUCAAACUCCCAAAAUUCUCGACAGGGGAAUUUUAAAAAUUCCCCACCCCCCUUUCCUUUCACUUUUAACAAACCAGCAGCUGGGGGAAAAAUUAAACGAAAUGAGCGAUAGCUAAGGACGCUAUCUUUCCAAACUGUGAAACCCCUUUAAAAAAUAUUUUCGAAGGCCAGCCCCACAACUGGCCAGCUCUUCUGAAGCCUAUGCCUCUUCC